UUUUGAGUCUAAGUGUUUCUCAUUCAGCUGGAGUUGACCUUGUAUUUGUAACUCACCCCCGAAAUUACAAUAUGCUGUUUUACAUUUUGUUAUUUGUUGCUGGUCUAAAUCCUAAAAUGGAAAUGCAGAAGAAUCUGUGCCUUCUUGGACAGUAAUAAUAGUUUAUAUGGUGCUCUUCGAUGUUCCAGUUGGCAGAAAGCGAUGAAAUAAAACCUCCACUGGCUGAAGGAGAAGAGGCUCUGGAAAAGUACGAGUAUGUUGCCCAUUAUAUCAUCUAGAAGAAAACCCUUACAGAAUCACCCACCACAACAGGACCAAGCGGCGUGGUAACGGGCAACAGCAGCGAAAAGAGGAAUGGAUAUGGGAGGACGGUUUGGACGGCAAGAAUAUGGACUAUACUACUUGGGAGGAAAUAAGACAGGUGGGCGGUCGACCCAGGGAGAGUGCCGGAGCCCGCCUGGGAUUCGAUGGAGCAGUGCGCGGAAGGUUACAGGAGAAUGAGGUUGGCGAAGCAAGCACGGCGGCGUGGACGGAAGCCUGAGAGUCAGCCCCAAAUAUUUCUUGGGGGGAGGCACAGGGGGAGUGUGGCAGAGUCAGGAGUCAGACCUGAGCCAACUCCCCCCGCUUAUCGUGAGGAGCCAAGGAGGAGCUCAGAACCAGAGCUGGUGUUGGAGGUGAGCGAAGCAGAGACUGUGAAGGAGUUAAUGGGGAAAUUGGAGGAGAGAUAUAUGAGGGAGUUGCUGUGUUGGUGCAUGAGACACGGAAUUCGCCCGACGGAGCGUGUCGGGGAUUUGAUGACACCUGGGUCAGCUCUCCAUACUCGUCCUGAGGUGCGUGCUAGUCGGCUGGUGAAGAUGGUGCCAGCCUCAUGCACCAGGCCUCCUGUGCAUCUCGCUAGCCUUGCACGUCCUGUGCCAUCUCAGCACUACAGUGCUCUUAGAAGUGCUAACCAUGGCGAGUGUGGUGCUGGUCUGGCACCGUGUUAUGCGGUGGUUCGCACGGUGUCCCCAGUACGCGUGCUUAGCCCGGUGCGCUACAUCCCAGCUUCCCACAUCUGCCGGGCUAGGGUGAAGAUCCAGCCAGGGCGGUUAGUGCCAGCCCUGCUCUCAAGAUCUCCAGUACGCCUUCACGGUCCGGUCCAUCCAGUGCCACCUCCACACACCAGCCCUCCGGUGGCAGCUCCCCGCACCAGGCUUCCUGUGCGUGUCCUCGGCCCAGUACCACCAAUGCCAGCACCACGCAUCAGGCCUACAGUGCGUCCCGCCUGUCCAGCGCUGCCGGAGCCUUCCUCCUCUCCAGCGCAGCCAGAGUCUCCCGCCUGUCCGGCGCUGUCAGAGCUCCCGCCCCUCAUGCCAGAGACGCCAGAGACCCUCAUUCCAGAGGCGCCAGUGCUCCUCAGUCCAGCGCUGCCAGAGCCUUCUCCAGCGUUGCCGGAGCUUCCCGUCUGAGCUACCCGUCUGCCCAGCACCGUCUGAGCUACCAGUCUGCCCAGUGCCGCCAGUGCCGCCAGUCUGCCCAGCGCCGCCAGCGCCGCCAGUCUGCCCAGCACCACCAGUCUGCCCAGCGCCGUCAGUGCCGCCAGUCUGCCCAGUGCCGCCAGUCUGCCCAGAUCAGUUAGAUCCGCCAGUCAGCCAGAAUCUGCCAGUCAGCCAGGAUCAGUUAGAUCCGCCAGUCAGCCAGGAUCCGCCAGUCAGCCAGGAUCCGCCAGUCUGCCAGGAUCCGCCAGUCAGCCAGGAUCCGCCAGUCAGCCAGAACUGCCAGUCGGCCAGGAUCCGCCAUUCAGCCAGGAUCCGCCAUUCAGCCAGGAUCUGCCAGAUCCGCCAGGAUCCGCCAGUCAGCCAGGAUCCGCCAGUCAGCCAGGAUCUGCCAGUCAGCCAGGAUCUGCCGGAACCACCAGCCAGCCAGGAUCUGCUAGAUCCAUCUACCUGCCUGAGCUUCCCCUCAGUCCCGAGCUUCCCCUCAGUCCGGAGCUGCCCCUCAGUCCAGUGGGGCCCGUUGUUAGGUUUCCUAGGCCAAGGUUAGCGGCGAGGGUCGCCACUCAAGGGACGCUAAGGAGGUGGACUAAGACAAUUAUGGAGUGGGGUCCACGUCCAGCGCCAGAGCCGCCACCGCGGACAGAUGCCCACCCAGACCCUCCCCUAUAGGUUUAGGUUGUGCGUUCGGAGUCCGCACCUUGGGGGGGUUCUGUCACGUUCUGACCAUCGUUCGUAUGUGUUCUCCUUGUUUUAGUGUUGGUCAGGACGUGAGCUGGGUGGGCAUUCUAUGUUGUGUGUCUGGUUUGUCUAUUUCUAUGUUUGGCCUGAUAUGGUUCUCAAUCAGAGGCAGGUGUUAGUCAUUGUCUCUGAUUGGGAACCAUAUUUAGGUAGCCUGUUUUGUGGGUGAUUGUUCCUGUCUCUGUGUUUUGCACCAGAUAGGACUGUUUUAGGUUUUCGCACGUUUGUUGUUUUGUUGGUUUAUUUGUGUACAGUUUCUUUAUUAAAGUACAAUGAAUAACAACCACGCUG